AUGGAGCACAGGUUGGAUUAUGCGUGGUACAACGGCGAAAUUAACGCAUUCUUUCCAAAGCACUGUACCGUAUCUCUAAGUCCUGAACUGAAGAACGACCAAGCAAUCGACUCCAGCAAAGGCUGCCAGGGCGGUCUGCGAGGCGUCUUUGUCCAGGCUCAGAGACGCAGGAAGCGCACCACCUUCAGCAAAGGGCAGCUGUGUGACCUGGAGAGGGCCUUCGCCCUCACGCACUACCCCGACGUCCAACUGAAGGAGACGUUGGCCGCCAUCACCGGCCUCCCCGAGUCCAAGAUACAGGUGAGCCAUGCAGGUAAGGAGCGGGCCUUCUCCUUCGACGUGAUCCUGGGCCCAGAGACGUCGCAGGAGGACGUCUUUGAGGACUGUGGUGUAAAGAGGCUUGUGGACAUGGCUAUCCAGGGGUACUCCUGUACAGUGUUUGCAUUUGGCCAGACUGGCUCUGGGAAGACCUACACCAUCUCAGGACCACACUCUUUGCUCCGGGAUGGUUCACAGGAGCCCCAUUUGUAUGGCUUGAUUCAAAGGUCUCUGUCCUAUUUGUUGGGUCAAGUGAGCAUCGCUGACAGUCAGGUCACCCUUUGUGCCUCCUACCUGGAGAUCUACAAUGAGCAGGUUCAAGACCUCCUGAACCCAUGGCCGCCUCGCUCCCUGGUGGUACGAGGGAGCAGAACCCGUGGGUUCCGUGUGGAGAGCCUGUCUGUGGUGGAGUUCCACAGUCUGGACGGCUUCAUGAAACUCCUGGAGGGAGGCCUGCAGAACCGGCACACCUCCGCACAUCGGCAGAACGAGCGGUCCAGCCGCGGUCAUACCAUCCUGACCCUCUACAUCAAGAGCAAAACCGCUGGAACAGAAAGGGGCGGGGUUACUCAUGGGAAGCUGAGCUUGGUGGACCUGGCAGGGAGUGAGCGCGUUAGGGACACUGGCUCGAAGGAGGAGCUUCUGGAGGAGGCUGGCAACAUCAACCGCAGCCUGCUUGCACUGGGAAAGUGCAUUGCUGCCCUGGUGGACACAAAGGCGAGGGACAGGCACAUCCCCUACCGCGACAGCAAACUCACAAAGCUGCUCUCUGAUUCGCUGGGAGGAGCUGGUGUCACUCUCAUGAUUGCUUGUGUGUCUCCUACUGCUGCCAACCUCCAGGAGACUCUGAACACCCUGCAUUACUCCAGCAGGGCGAGGAAAAUCAGAAACUGGCCUAUAGCCAAACAGGACCACAGAGAAAAGCAGGUGGGGAGCCUACAGCGUGAGGUUCACCUGCUCCGCAGGGAGAACCUGCUGCUACGGCAGCAGGACAAGAAGACGCUGAUUGACAGUCAGGAGUCCUCCAACCAACAGAGGGAGCUCCUGUCACAGGAAAACACUCGGCUGAUGUACAAACUGGAGGAACUGAGGAGGCUUAUCUCCAGUUCCCCAAACACUGACUGCUGCCACUCCAAUGUUUCACUCCAGGGUUGGGGCAAUGGCACUAGCCUCCACUAUGCCCAUCACCCCCCUACCUUCCUGCCUCCUCUCAGCCACCCCUCUCUGCCCGUGCAACGCUGCCUCUGUUCCUGGAACCCUGUUCUCCACUCCUGUUAUUCUUCCUCUGACAGCACCUUACAGAAUUGCACCCACCAGCUAACGGGAUGCUGUGGAUUGGAGGACAGUGGGCCCUAUGGGGCCCUGCCUCAUCGAGAGCUGGCCUGUGCAGCUAGGAAGUGCAGAAAGGGGGCAGUUCCUCUCCUUCCAACCCUAACCUCCAGCCUUAACACCAAGCUCCCUGUGGAGGGCACCAUGGUCUGGCCAGGUCACCAUAGCCAUGAGCCAGAUCCUGAAUCAGUUACAGUACGCAAUUUGAAGUGA